AUGCCGCGCAUAUCAACGUCACUUAUCCGCAAGGCGCGCGCGAUAGAUUCUCUUCUUCCCGCUCUUCUCGCACCUUGCCGUGACCUGCAGGCUGCGCAGAAUGAGUUGCGAUGGCUGCGCGAACACGUCGAGGAAGUUGGCCAAACACGACGCGCCAGGCCAGACAAGUGGGCCAAGAGAGCUUUGCUGCGCCAAUUGGUUCACGAAAGGUCACGAGGAAAGCCACUCCAGUAUAUACUCGGCACAGAACACUUUGGUGAUCUGGAAAUACGAUGCAAACCUGGCGUACUGAUUCCAAGACCUGACACAGCGGCGUCAGUCACGCAUCUUGUUAGUCUUCUUCGCAACUCGAAAAAUCUUCCACCAGAAUUGCGUCUUCUUGAUCUCUGCACUGGUACCGGCUGUAUCCCCCUUCUCUUCCAACAUGAAUUAUUAUCUGCACACAGCGAUAUCAACUUGCGCCUUCUCGGCGUCGACGUGUGUGACAAAGCGCUAUCUCUGGCUAAACACAACCUACAAAGGCUGUCCAAGGACCGACAACUCAAGCCGAACGGGCAAGCUCACUUUCUAAAAGCCGACGUACUGAUUGACCCGUUCGUGGAUGAAUACGGACAAGUCCUUCCGUUAAAGGCAGCCCUCAACUAUGCUUCGCAGCCGGUUUACUGGGACAUAGUCAUUUCCAACCCACCUUACAUCUCACCUUCUGCCUUUUGGAAAACUACAAUGCGCUCAGUGCGUAAUUUCGAACCGAAGCUUGCACUGGUGCCACCAUUCAAGGACAAACACACAGACACGCAGCAAGGCGAUAUGUUCUAUCCGCGUCUGCUCAAAACUGCACGAGAUGUGGAGGCCAAAGUGGUGCUGCUAGAAGUCGCUGAUAUUGAGCAAGCGCUACGUGUGGCUAGGGUUGCCAGAGACUUGGACACAUUCGAUGGCAUUGAAAUUUGGAGGGAAGAUCCCAACGCUCCUACCAUCGAGACAAGCAAAGAUGGCUUUGACGUUAUUGGGCAAGGAAAUGCCAGAACAGUCCUUUGCUGGCGAGGUCAAGGAACGUGUUGGCUCGGGAAAACAACCACUACUUCUGCCAAAUCUACGGUAGAGAGUGCAAACCACCCGUUCAGGGACCCUCCAGUUACAUCAGUGAACUCUGCCGAAACUUGUUCGCCUAAGGUAGAUACAUAUGACUUGAGGCCUCAGUUCGAUUUGAAAUUUUUCUCGCAGCAGGAUCCUCAGUCCACUAGGCGUUUUCGUAGGCAAACCUGCAAGCAAGAUUGGAUGGCUGACAGGCAUUUGGUCCAAACAAAGCCCUGA